GUUAUUGGCUCAUCUUCCUAACCAGCUUGAUAAUAAUCAAAUUCCGGCACGUUAACAAUGGACCGACGGCUGACCGGCAAAAAAAAAAAAAAAAAAAAAUCAAAAUCAAAAUCAAAAUCAAAAUGACAAACGGUUGAACGAGUAAACGGACCUGGGGGCUGGGGCAUCGACGGCGGCGGUGAGUUCUUGGUCGAGCGUUCCGAGUCAAAAUUGUUUUGAAGGUGGGGGAGAAGAUGCUGCGUUUAUACGGUCGGCCGGGGAAACUCUGGGUAGUUUGCUUCCAAUCAGCUGGCCGCUACAUGGUUUCUUUCGUCCUCGUCAUAAUCACUCAGUUCGCACUCGCUCUGGUCCCUCGUUUGCUCCCGGCAUCCUCCCUUCUCCUCCAGCUAUUGCUCUCAGUCGUAGUUCUGCUGUUGGUUGUCGGUUUCGGGAGAUGUUGUAGGCGGCUUCUCGGCGUCUCCGCGUCGGCUCCUGCUCUAGUUCUCUUCAAUACGCUCUUCGUUUGGGGAGUUUACUUUGUUGCUGUUCGACCUGCUGUUCCAUGUCUGGUUGAUGUUACUUUCAACGGAGAGAUUGCUCUGCUUUUCAUUGGCUUAUUUAGAAUUCUGUCAAGCGAUCCUGGUUUCGUGAGUAAUGGGUUUCCUGGGACAGCUGCUGAGCUUGUCGAAACUGAAGUUCUUGCGACUGAAGUUCAUGAUGAGUUUCAGGGUGCUGUACUGCCUCUGCGGGUAAGAUACUGUAAUAGCUGCAAAUCACAUGUUAAGGGUUUCGACCACCAUUGUCCUGCUUUUGGGAACUGCAUAGGAUACAAGAAUCAUGUCCUGUUCGUGGUUCUUCUUACUGGAUUUCUUGCUACUGAAGCUUCAUAUGUAGUAUACUCCUUUCAGGGUAUGCAUUUGAUUUUUCCUCCCAAAUAUCAUGUGAUCGUUAUCUCAAUUAUGGUGAAAUAUCCUGCGACCAGAUGUAGGUGGAAUUACAGAUUUAAAGAGAUAGAAACCUGGAAAUGUAUUGUGAAUGUGUUCCAUAGUCCUUCUGACAUGGUUGUGAUAUCCACUAGUGAACAUCUAAAACUUGUUUGAAAUGCUUUUGUAUCUUGUUCUUUCCACAGUUGAGUCUUGUGUAUCUGUCUUUUCAGUUGCUAGAGGAUACUGGGUGUUACGCCAACACAAGUUCCAGAGUGAUCUAGCGAGAAGUUUGGUUACGAGUACAAUGCUCUUCUCUCUUCUGCAAGUGCUAUGGCAGGUGUUCUUUCUGACGUGGCACAUAUACUGCAUUUGUUUCAACAUUCGGACUGAUGAGUGGAUAAACUGGAGGAAGUACCCAGAAUUCCAUUUCAGUACUGAGCCCGAACCAGGGGAAAGCACAAUGGUGAUGCGGUUCAGGAAUCCCUACAAUAAAGGCAUUGUUCCAAAUCUGAGAGAGUUCUUAGGGAUGAAAACUUGACAAGAUGUGCCAAGAUGCCCAAGAUUUCUCAGCUCCUACCAUUUCUCCAACAGCACAGCGUACAUUGUAAAUAUUUGCAAUUGGCAGAUGACAUUAUUUGACCGUUUUCGGCUGACUAGUACGCAGAAGGGUCCAGCUAAGUAGUCUGUUAGCAGCUUGGUCUCUCUUGAUACAAAGUGCUUAAUCUCCAGAAGGGGCAUGGACAGAUUCAUGCUCGUGGCUUUCAGCAAUCUUCUAAUCAUUUCUUGCAGGUUGCAGCAACAUGAUCCUUCAGCUUUCAGACGGCUUGGGCAUGCACUUCAGCCAGAGAUAUCAAUGGACUUGACCUCCGGCUUCUUCUCCUCCUGUUUGGGAACAGUCACAGUGAGCACGCCAUUCUCCAAGCUAGCCUUCACCUGAUCCAACUUGGCAUUCUCAGGCAGCCUGAACCUCCUCAUGAACUUGCCACUGCUCCUCUCGACGCGGUGCCACUUGUCGUUCUUCUCUUCCUGCUCUUUGCUCCUCUCCCCGCUGAUCUGCAGGAUCCUACCAUCUUCAACUUCCACUUUCACCUCUUCCUUCUUCACACCGGGAAGAUCGGCGUUGAAGAUGUGAGCCUCGGGCGUCUCUUUCCAGUCGAUCCUGGCAUUGGCAAAUGCAGAGGUUUCACGGGGCAGAUUCGCCACCGUGGAGCUGAUGAGCCCAUCGAAGGGAUCCCAUAGGUCCAGGGAGAAUGGAUCGAAAACGUUGGUCAGUCGGCUGCCUCGGAGGCUGGGAAUGAUCGACAUAGUUGGAGACUCUAGGAAAACUGUUGUAAGUGACGAGAGUAUGUUUUUUGCUGAACUCAGACAAGGUUUGUCUGAUCAUAUAAGCUUGGGAUCGGGGGUCUAUAUAUAGCAUUAGAUAAGAGAACUC